GGGGAUAUCUCUCGCUGCUGCUGCUGCUGCUGCUGUGUUUCUCCUAGUCUAGCGCUCUCUCCUUUUUAGCGGAUUGGCACAACAGGGUAGGAUUACUAGAAGGAAUACAAAAACAUAGGCAAAAAAAAUGGCAGAGCUUGGAGCGGGGAGCCUGCUAACAGGAGAUCCUGCUUUUAAUUACCAAGAGCAUGAGCUAAACGAGCGUUUGAAGCGGCUGUACCCGGCCGUGAAUGAGGAAGAGACCCCCUUACCCCGAUCUUGGAGCCCCAAGGAUAAGUACAGCUACAUCGGGCUCUCACAGAAUAAUCUGCGGGUGCAUUACAAAGGCCACGGAAAAAACCACAAGGAUGCAGCGUCUGUUCGGGCCACCCAUCCCAUCCCUGCCGCUUGUGGCAUCUACUACUUUGAGGUGAAGAUCGUAAGCAAAGGAAGGGAUGGGUACAUGGGAAUUGGACUGUCAGCCCAGGGGGUCAACAUGAACAGACUGCCUGGUUGGGACAAGCACUCCUAUGGUUACCAUGGUGACGACGGACACUCCUUUUGCUCCUCAGGGACUGGCCAACCAUAUGGCCCAACCUUCACUACGGGCGACGUUAUUGGCUGCUGCGUCAACCUCAUCAACAACACAUGCUUUUACACCAAGAACGGACAUAGUUUAGGUGUGGCUUUUACAGAUCUGCCACCUAACCUGUACCCCACAGUAGGCCUGCAGACUCCAGGGGAGAUCGUAGAUGCUAAUUUUGGCCAGCAGCCUUUUGUGUUCGACAUUGAGGACUACAUGAGCGAAUGGAGGGCCAAGAUCCACAGCAUGAUCGCCCGCUUCCCCAUUGGAGAAAGGCUGGGAGACUGGCAGGCGGUUCUGCAGAAUAUGGUGUCCAGCUACCUGGUGCAUCAUGGCUAUUGUGCCACAGCAAUGGCGUUUGCCAGAGCCACAGAGACCAUGAUCCAAGAGGACCAAACCUCAAUAAAAAACAGACAGAGAAUACAGAAGCUGGUGUUGGCAGGCCGUGUUGGAGAAGCCAUUGACGCAACACAGCAGUUAUACCCGGGACUCCUAGAACACAACCCCAAUUUACUCUUCAUGUUGAAGUGUCGGCAGUUUGUGGAGAUGGUGAAUGGUACAGAUAGUGAGGUACGCUGCUUUAGUGUCCGCUCUCCUAAAUCACAGGACAGCUAUCCCGGCUCCCCAAACAUGAGCCCCCGACACGGAGCCACCAAUCCUCAUUUGCACAGCACAGGCGCAGACAGUCCCACAUGCAGUAACGGGGUCACUCCUCCAAACAAAAAUAAGAGCCACAACAAAUACACAGGCAUAAGCUCUGCAUCCUCCUCUCCAUCCUCCUCUCCCUCCUCCGUCAACUACUCGGAGUCCAACUCCACCGACUCAACCAAGUCCCAGCCUCACAGUGCCACCAGCAACCAGGAGACUAGUGAUAGUGAGAUGGAGAUUGAGGCAGAACAUUACAGCAAUGGUGUGACAGAAAGCUCAACUCGCAUUAUGAACGGCACAUACAAACACCAGGAAAUCCUGCAGGCGGAUGACAACAGUGUCGAUGACACCUGCAGCUCCAGACAGCUGUGUGGAGGAAACCAGGCGGCCACGGAGAGAAUGAUCCAGUUCGGCAGAGAGCUUCAGACCCUCAGCGAACAGCUCUGCCGCCAGUAUGGCAAGAAUGCCACUCACAAGAAGAUGCUGCAGGAUGCAUUCAGUCUGCUGGCAUAUUCAGACCCCUGGAACUGCCCCGUGGGCCAGCAGUUGGACCCCAUGCAAAGAGAGGCGAUCUGCUCUGCUCUCAACAGUGCUAUUCUGGAGUCUCAGAAUCUGCCUAAACAGCCGCCUCUUAUGCUGGCUCUGGGUCAGGCCACUGAGUGCGUGCAGCUGAUGGCCAGGGUUCGCUCUGGGUCUUGCUCCUUCGCCAGAGUCGACAACUUUUUGCACUAGCACCAGUACAGGCAACGUUCAGGACGGCUAAGAGGACUUUCCAGCUGAUUGCCAUGACGAGAACACGCGUUUGAAUUGGUGUGCCGCUUGCCAGAAGCAGCCGAGCAGAACGAAUAGAAAACACGAGAAGAGAGGCUUCUUUUUAAUUUAGUAUUAUCAAAUACAAAUUGUGUGACACUAUUUAAAGAUAAUUAAUUAUUCUGUUUUA